CAGCCGCCAUCCGGCACGGUGUACCAUAGCAUCUCGGAAGUUGCGGCGUGGUUAGAAAUUAAGCGCAAACAUGGAGCUCAACGUGACCACCGGUGGUGGCUAUCUGCAGCAGCGAUGGGACGCCUUUCUGGAUGUUGUGGGCGACGAUCCCGAGUGGCUGUACGUGUGGGUGCUAACCUUCUAUACACACUCCCUGUACUGGGUGCUAGGUUCGUUCUUCGUCUUCAUGGACCUGUUCCAGUGGCCGGCCGUUUUCCGAAAGUAUAAAAACCAGCCCGGUAUAAAUGAACCUCUCAAAGGGUCCGAUUUGCGGAAGAUCAUACGGACGGUCCUGAUCAAUCAGUGGCUGAUAAGUUUCCCGCUCGGGUACGUUGGGUUCCAUACCGGUAUGGUUGGCAGGACGGCAAUUGACAUCCGGACGCUGCCGUCACUGUUUGAGGUGGUACGCGAUCUGAUCAUCUGCGCGAUUGGAUGGGAACUCGGCUUCUACUACAGCCACCGGUUGCUUCACUCCAAGCACCUUUACAAGCUGAUCCACAAGCAACACCACGAGUUCACGGCGCCCGUCGCCUGGGCCGCCAUCUAUGCGCACCCGAUCGAGCAUCUGCUGGGCAACACCGUACCACCGCUGCUCGGCAUCCAGCUGAUGAAGAGCCACGUCCUGACGGCCGCCCUGUGGCUGACGUUUGUCAUGCAGGACACCAUCACGGGCCACUCGGGCUACCACGUGCCAUUCCUGAGCAGCAAUGAGGCGCAUGAUUAUCAUCACAUGAAGUUCAACCAGUGUUACGGUGUGUUCGGUUGGCUCGAUUGGUUCCACGGAACCGACAGCCAGUUCCGGGACUCUCACUACUAUCAGCGCCAUCAGAUGCUGCUCGGCAGUAAAUCGGCCCGCGAGAUCAUUCCCGAUGAUGCUAAGAAGCAAAAGUGAACACCUGAGGGCUAAUAAGGCGUGAAUGCCUAGACCCACCAUUAGAUGGCUUUAUCGCAUUCUGCAGCAGUGAUUAUAGAUAACCCCGUAUCGGUAAGAUAGCGAUGGUGAACGACUCCUGGAGGGGUCAGUCACUACGCCUUUUUUAUAUCGCUUUUCGGCCGAUUGAAAACUGUAAACGGUAAGGAAUAAGGUGAUUAGAACCGGGAAAUCGACCGCACAAAGCUGUGUGAACCGAAACAUGUAUUGAAAUUCCAACAUUUGGAU